AUGGCCGGUUUGGACAGCGAGGAAAAGGCCCUGUCCCCUUCAGGGGAGCCUUAUUCUCAAGUCUUCGUGUUCGAUGUGGGGAAGGAAGCCUGGAAAUCUUACGACUGGUCAAAAAUUACAACUGUGGCAGCUUUUGGAAAGUAUGAUCCUGAGCUCAUGUGCUAUGCUCACUCUAAAGGCUCCAGGAUAGUACUGAAAGGUGAUGUACCUCUAAAGGAAAUUGUUGAUCCUGCUAAAAGAGCAGCAUGGAUAUCCCAACAAGUGGACCUUGCAAAAAAACAGUAUAUGGAUGGAAUUAAUAUAGAUAUAGAGCAAGAAGUUAAUGACACCUCCCCUGAGUAUUAUGCAUUAACAGAUCUUGUUAAAGAAACUACAGAUGCUUUUCACAGAGAAAUUCCAGGAUCACAGGUAACAUUUGAUGUGGCUUGGUCUCCAGCAUGCAUAGAUAAAAGGUGCUAUAACUACACUGGAAUUGCCGAUGCCUGUGACUUCUUAUUCGUGAUGUCAUAUGACGAACAGAGCCAGAUCUGGACGGACUGUAUUGCAAAAGCCAAUGCUCCUUACCUGCAGACUUUAGUUGGAUAUGAAGAGUACAUAACUAUGGGCAUCGAUCCUAAGAAACUUGUGAUGGGCGUCCCCUGGUAUGGCUAUGACUAUGUCUGCCAAAACCUAUCUAAGGAUCAUGUUUGUUCCCUUUCCAAAGUACCUUUCCGUGGGGCUCCUUGCAGUGAUGCUGCAGGGCGUCAGGUCCCCUACAGAGCAAUAAUGAAGCAGGUGAACAGUUCUCUUUCAGGCGUGCUCUGGGAUGAAGUACAGAAAUCUCCAUUUUAUGAAUACAAGGAUUCUCUUGGUCACUUCCACCAAGUAUGGUAUGAUGACCCUCGCAGCAUCUCUCUAAAAGCAGCAUAUGUGAAGAAUCGAGGUUUAAGGGGCAUUGGCAUGUGGAAUGGAAAUAGUCUUGAUUAUUCCAGGGAAGCUGUAGCAGAACAACAAACUGAAGCAAUGUGGCAAGCCCUAACACCGUAA